AUGAUUCGUUGCAAUAUUGAUGUGGAAAACUUGCCGGUUAUUGCUGGUGGGGAGGAUUAUAAAAUUUGGGACUUAGACAGCAAAGGUGUUUUCUCAGUUAAGUCGGCUAAGGCCGCUCUUAAGUUGCCAGCUGAAGUUGUACCUUGUGCAAAUCUGUUUUCUCGUCAGGUUGUGCACCCUACUUUGAGUGUGCAAUACUGGAAGAUUUGGGCCAAGCAAUGUUGUGCUAGUGAAGACAAUAUUAUUAAGAAGACUGGUAGGAGCAUGCCUAUUAUGUGUCGUUUAUGUAGAAAAAGUGGCGAAACUCUUAGCCACAUCACUUGGCAUUUCAGAGUAGCUAGGAGGAUUUGGGCUUGGGUGGCUGGAGUUUUCAAGAUCGAUCCAAAGGAAGACCUGGUGGAUUCAUAUAAGGCUGCUAAGGGUCGUAGUAGAAUGAUCAAAGAGCUGUGGUUAGUUGCAAAUCUGGCAAUUGUCACGGAGUUAUGGAAGUUACGUAACAAGUCUUAUUUUGAGAACAUGGCUUUUCAUUGGAUGGGAUUUAAAGGGAGAGUUUAUCAGGUUAUUCGUGAUAAUUCUAUUAGAAUGAAAGGCCACAUGCAUAAUACUUUAGAGGAGUUACGCAUUCUGAAUUAUUUCAAAGUGCGGCAUAGAUCUUGCAAAACGUCUACCCCAAUUGAGAUUAGUUGGUAUCCUCCUGAUCAGGAUGAAAUCAUGAUUUGUUGUGAUGGUGCUUCUUUUGGAAACCCGGGCCAAGCUGGUGCAGGUGUGGUUUUCAGGAAUGCGAGUUCGGAGGUGCUUGGUGUUCUUUGUGUUGGCCUUGGUUGA